ACAUGAAAACCAGAUACCAAUAAUAAACUUUAUGGUAUAUGUGAAACUGAAAUCCAAAUAAAUAAAAUUAAGGAUCUAAUGAACGAUGCAUAAGCAAUAAUACCUACAAUGACACCAGUAAAGGAGUUAGCUAUGGUCUCUCUCCAAAUUGGCUUGGAAAUUCAAACAAACAUGGUAGUAUGCAACUAAGUGUGGGAAUUUUUUCCAGACUAAACAUUCUUCAAGUGAUUUUAGAUGCUUCACCAACGCAGCAAUAAGCAAGAGAAAAACUGGUUUUUACUUUGCAAUGUCAUUCCUUUUAAGCCCUCUACCGAUGCAUUGGCUGAGCUUCAGUACAACUAUGUACCAGAUACAUCCAAAGAACUAUGAAAAGGGUUUUUUUUUUUUUGCUUUAUCACAAUUAGCUACAACCUCAGGGGCAGGGUAAAAAGACAAAGGGUAAAGACUGCGGGAAGAACUUGUAAUCAGAGAGAGAUUAAAUUGGGAGACAAAAAACAAAAUGGUAUUUGUUAAGUUACCAAUUGUCCCAAAAGCUUAAGACGUUAGGAAAUGGACACAACAACAUAUAUAUUCAACACCCUUCCUCAUGUGCAACCCCGUCUUGCACAUGGAGAUGCAAACAUACAUACAUAACGUGAAAGAAUGCAAAGGAGAGAAGCAUAAUGCAAACGGGGAACAAAUGCUACCAGAGAGAGUUAAACUCAAGACCUCUCGCAACUGGAGGAGUUCUGAUACCAUGUUAAGUUAUCAAUUGUCGCAAAAGCUUAACCUGUUAGGAAACGGCCCAACAAUAUAUAUCAAGCUAUUCAGUAUUAUCCUCGCACUGACUAAUUUUUUAGGGAAGAAAUCCACCACCGGAGACUCAAAUUUAUGGCAUUGUAGGACAUCGUACAGACAAUUCUAAUAUUUAACCAUGAGUCCAUCAGCUUGCGCAUUUAACCAAAAUCAUUCAACGGAAACUACUUGGUCUCAGACAAUUAGGCCAACCUCUUAUUAGAUAUCAAAUUGGUAAUGGUGUGCAAACCUUUUUCUGGUGGGAUAAUUGGCACCCAAUUGGUCCCUUGUAUGCUAGACUUGGUGAUAGGGCGGUGAACAAUGUGGGCAGAUCUCUUAGAGCUAAGGUGGCUUCCAUAAUCGACAAUGGGUACGAAACCCCCUUAUCCAAACUAUUAUCACUCAAACUCCUCAGAAUCUCAUCCCUCAUCCUGAUAGAGAGGAUUUUGUUCUCUGGUUGCCUCACCCUAGUGGUUUUUUCAACACUAAAUCUGCAUGGGAAGCUAUAAGGGAGAAUUUUCCAGUCCAACCCUGGCAUAAGAUUAUGUGGGGCUGUCAUAUUGUUCCUUGUUGGUCUUUUAUUCUCUGGCUGGCUGUGCUUCGUAGACUCAAUACUAAAGACAGGUUGAAAAGCUGGGGGGUAUGGCAGUGGAUGGGGUAUGUUGUUUUUGUCAGAAUGAAGAGGAAUCUCACCAACAUCUAUUCUUUGCAUGCUCGUAUUCCGUAGCAGUUUGGCAGCAAUUGAUGGCUAAGAACAGAGUCUUGACCAUGCCUAACCAACUAGAAGAUGUUCUUGAUUGGUUACGAACUUCUGUAUCUGGGGGAGAUCUCAACUUCAUAAGUUCGAAGUGUACUCUGGCUACAACAGUUUAUGGGUUAUGGCAGGAAAGAAAUUCUCGUAUCUUUCGUGCGGUGACUAAGGGACAUGCUCAGGUAGCUGAAGGGAUUAUAAAUGGCAUCUGGGAUUUCCUUAGUUCAAGAAGGAAGAUGAAAAACUCCACUCAAAACAAAUACAUUUGUGAGAUGCGAGGGCUAUCAGAUAGGAUUCUACAAUCUGUAUAGAUAGGGUAGGAUUGUUGUUCUUGUUUCCUACUUUGUAGUAGCUACUGUAAUUUGUGUCUUGUUAGGAAGCCUAUCCCUAGUUAUUUGUUCUUGGUUGGAGCUU